UGAACAGCCCAGCAAAGUGAGGGAUGUAAAAUUCUGUCAGUGUUGCCAACAAAAAUUUGAAUGUCAUCAACCAGAGUUUAAAGGAGAAACGCGCGAAAUUUCGUGAUGUCUUUAACUCUGUGUCAGAGUAAUCGGAUUUAUAACUAUUUUUUUUCACACUGUCUAACCGUAAGUCUAGAAUGUCCGAACUGUGAACUUGUUGAUCGUUCUGUUUGCUGAACUUUGGUAAUCAUGGCAAACAAUGCCAAAUACUCAGAAGACGAAAUAGAGCGCAAAAGAUUAUCAGCUUUGUGUCGUAAAGAGCUGUCUCGAAAGUUAACAGGUAGUCAGGGAAAUUCGUCGAAUCUCAAUUCCCUGUCAAUUAAUAAUGGGACUUCAGGAAAUGUCCCAACAGUUUCCCCAUGUAGGGAACAAAGAUCAGGGAACUCCUUCGUCAUGCAUUCACCAAGCCGGCAGAACCAUCGAUACAAUCCUCUCAAGAGCAAAGAUCCACAAAACUUUGCAUCCAAAUCUUCCACAAUUCAGAUUAAGUUCGUCAUGAUCAGUGACGAAAGAUUUUCUGUCAUAAUCUCUGAAUUUCAAGAACAAAUCAUCAGCAUUUUCAAAACUAUUCCGAGUAGAUCUUACGAUUUAAAAACCAAAACUUGGGAUUUUCACGUGAAGGAUUACAACGAUCUCGUAAAAAAAUUAUCUCAGUUAAAACCUAGAGUAUCUAUCGAGAACUUGCCACCCAGCAUACUUCAGGUAUUCAAAAAAGAAGUAAACACCGAUUACAAUUCCGUAGAUUUGACAAGUAUUGAUAAAAAAUUGGUGGAAAGUUUGAUGCCGUUUCAACGAGAAGGUGUUUGUUAUGGGAUUUUGAAAAAUGGUCGCUGCAUUAUCGCAGAUGAGAUGGGACUCGGUAAAACGAUACAAGCAUUAGGAAUUGUUCAUUAUUAUAGAAAUGAUUGGCCGCUUCUCAUCGUCAGCCCAUCGUCUGUUAGGUAUCAAUGGUCAGAAGCUAUUUAUACGUUCUUACCUUCUGUGCCGACACAUUACGUGCAUCAUUAUACAACCGCUAAAGACACUUUCGGCGAUGCUAAAAUCGUCAUAAUGUCUUACGAUAUCCUGAAGCGGGCGAUUAGCUCACUCGAAAGACACGUGUUCGGCGCAGUUAUAUUCGAUGAAUCUCAUUUCUUGAAGAGUCCAAAAUCUGCACGUUCAGUGGCCGCAUCUGUCGUAGCUUCUCAAGCGCGAAGAGUUGUGUUGCUUAGCGGUACACCAGCCCUUUCACGCCCUAAGGAAUUGUAUUUUCAAAUCAACCUUGUUAUGCAGAAAUUUCUUGGAUUUCACGAAUUCGGCAUUAGAUAUUGUGCUGGCACUUUCGGCAAAUUUGGCUGGGAAUACGGGGGUUCUUCAAACAUGCAAGAGCUGCAACUGCUAUUGAACCGCUGUUGUCUAAUUAGACGUAUAAAAUCUGAAGUACUGACCCAGUUGCCGUCCAAAAUACGAGAAGUUGUAAUUUUGGAUCCAAAGUUGAUUAAAACAGAAACACAAAAAAUGAAGAAAAUCGCCGAGGCCGUACAACGCGAAAGUUUUAAGAACUCCGAAGGAAACACCGCGUUACUGCAGCAUUAUAGAGAAACGGCUGAGGUGAAAACAAAAGCGAUAUGCAAUUACGUCAAUGACUUGCUGGAAAGUGAUACGAAGUUUUUGAUAUUCGCUCACCAUUUGACGGUCCUUAAUGAAAUAUGCAAGACCAUCUCAUCGAAAAAUGUUAGCUAUAUUAGAAUCGACGGAUCAACAAAAUCCGAGGAGCGAAAAGUGCGAUGCGACGUGUUCCAAGAACAAGACGACUGUUUGGUUGCUGUUCUUUCUAUAACAGCGGCAAGCACAGGCAUCACUUUGACUGCCGCGCAGCGCGUUGUGUUUGCCGAACUGUAUUGGAAUCCUGGAAUUUUGUGCCAAGCCGAAGAUAGAGUGCACAGAAUCGGCCAACAAGGAAGCGUGCUGAUCCAAUUUCUUAUCGCUAAAAACACGGCUGAUGACCAUUUGUGGAAAUUGAUGCAAACGAAACUCAAUGUUCUGAAUAAAGCUGGGCUUGGGCAGAAUUUUGCGGUGGAAAAAUCGACUGAGGCCAAACGAGGUAACGAAACUCCGUCCAAUCAGUCAAACUUGCUCUCGUUCUUCACAAAAGCAAGUGUUCAACAGGAUUCCGCAGCACAUCGCGAGAAAAUUGAAGAUGUUCAUCAGUUACUCGAAGAAGAUGACGAUGCGCUGAUCACGCUUAAUUUAGACGGACUCGAUGAGGAUUGUUGAGAUAUAUCAAAUUUUAGUUACAUUAAUUUUGUAUAAAAACUACGUAUUUGUGAGAUUGAUACUUGAUUUUCAUACCGAUUAAAAAAAACGAAAUAUCGCAAUAUCUUACACGGAGUGUUUUUUAAAGUAUCAAUCCGAUUAACUUAUCUCCCUAACGACUCGCCUCAUUUUUGCGCAAAUAAGACUGCCAGUUAGUAUCAUGUUUCUUAAGUCUGAACGGAAAAGCAACAAGCAUUGAUAUCACGCAUAAUUUCCAAGUAAUGAUCAUUUCAACUUACUGAUGUGUCGUUGUAUUUCAGAGAAAUAUGAUAUAAAGUAUUUUUCAUAUGAUGCUUUCGCGAAUAAAUAGGUAUCAUCUGUUAUUGGGUGAGUAAACAAAAUUAAAAAAAAAAAAUGAAAAUAUUUAUAUUAGUAUUGAAAAAAAUUUAUAUAAAAAUUCGACAAAAAUUUCAAGAAACAUCAUUUUAGAGCUGAAUAUACUAAUUAAUAAAUGGUUGUCGUAUUUAAUCACGAAUGUCGAAUUUUACCGCUAAUUUUGCUGGACAUCGACUCGAUCUCACAAAAUAUAGACUUUAACGGUUUGUACAAUGUGUUCUGUGCUUUGAUAAUUCAUAAAUUUACCUAAAAAGCUGGAUCGGCUGAUCGUUCGAUUCAACUCCAUGCUGUUUCAAACUAAAUUACAUCGAGUAUGAUCGUUAACUCAUUUCAGGAUAAUAAGAUUGUUAAGAUCAUCUGAAAUUAGUAGUAUUCAGCCACGUGUAAUUUCGUCAACUUUACAGAGAUUCAACGUUUUUUUAAGCUCGAUCGUGGGUUUGUUAAAUUUGAAACUAACGCAAACAAACUUAAACGUAAAAAAUAUGUUGUAU